CCUAAUUGUGGUGAAAGAAAAGAAAAAAUUGUGAACCCCUCUGGGGCUGGCUAGUGGUUCAGCCCAGUUGCCAGGGAGACAAGAGUAACACCAGCGGUGAGCAGGGCUGGAGUUCAUGGCCACGUUAGCCCGCCUGCAGGCUCGCUCGGGGUUUAUAGAAAACCAGUACUACUUUAGGAACAGUGUCGUGGAUGAACUUAGAAAUAAAGAGCAUUAUGCAGCCGUUAAAAUCCAGAGUUGGUUUCGGGGCUGUCGGGUCCGGGCAUAUAUCAGGUAUUUAAACAGAGUAGCAAUAAUUAUUCAAAAAUGGUGGAGAGGUUACUUAAGCAGAAAAGUCUAUCGACUUACCGUGGAGGUAGCAUAUUAUACUAUGAAGAUGGAUCUCUACAAUGCAAUGGCUGUCAGGAUUCAGAAACGAUGGCGAGGCUAUAAGGUUCGGAAAUACUGCUUUAAUUAUUUUUGUUUCAAAGAAUACCUUAGAGCCGUUUCAGAGGCCAAUGAUACAAUUAGGGAGGUACUGCAGGAGUUUGCAGAGAUUCAAGAAAGCGAAGAGAAGAAAGCUGAGCUGGAAAGGAAAGAACAGAAAAGAGAAAUGGAAGCCCGGAAGAUGCAUUACCUCCUCAGCACGAAGCAGAUUUCAGGUAUCUACAACUCACCGUUCAGAAGAGAGCCAGACCCUCGGGAGCUGCAGCUGCGGAAGGCAAAGCCUUUGGCUCCCCAGAGACGGAGAGUCAUGCAGAAGCCCAGCGUGGGCCUGACCGACUGGCUGGCCUGCACCAGUGCCCGGUCAUUCCCGCGUUCUGAUAUCCUGCCUCCUAUUAAUAGGAAGCCCUGUCAGGGCCCUUUCCGAAAUAUCAACGAGGUAUUAGAGCAGCGCUACAAGCCUUUGGAGCCCACGCUGCGAGCCACGCACUCAGUGGAUGGGUUGCAGCAGGCCAGGAAGGAGCUCCGGAAGCAAGAGUGGGUGCACAACAUCAGCGACAAAAUGUUUCUGCCAUUUUCGUCUCACCAUAAAAAAGAAGAGUACAUUCCAUCAGUGUUCUCCACAAGCAAGUAUGAUCCCAGUUCCUGCAGAAAACAAGACUUCCGGAGUGAAAACCCUCAGAAAUGGAUCUGCGACAAGGAUUUCCAAACUGUUUUCUCAUCAUUUGACCUCUUCUCAAAGUAUGGAAAAUCAUAUUCAAAAGCUGGAGAGAUUGUUUAAAAGAUGCAGGAAGAGGCCCUUCUCUGAAAUCCUUUUUCUACCUAAAGGCUGAAUCCACCAAGAAGGAAGCCAUUUACUGUUGAUGGAUCCCAGAGAUUCCACUGCUCAGAGAAGAUUAAACUCACAUCGCAGGCAAGCCACGGAAUUUCACCACAUCUAGACACGCGUUAUCACACGUGCUUUUGUGCUUCGGUCCAUCCACCCUUCAGAGACAGUCAUUCACAAAUUAAUGUAUAUUCUUUGGGCCCAUUAUUGAUUCCUCUAAAAAGCUUUGAUUUCCCCUCAAAGUUGCCUACUGUCCUCCCUUCUCUCAGUUCUAUAUGAGAAUGGUUAUGUAAGUUUGUGAAUCCCUUUGGGUUUUGGGGUACACAUCCUGCUGCGAUGCCCUACACACAGUAAGCUAUGUCUUUUCUAUUAAUCAGCCAUUGUCAGUUCAUUUCAGUGUAUGUUCAGAGGGUGGAGGGAACACUUCCCUCACCCCCACAUAGGCUUGAUGAUGGGAAAAUAAAUACAGAUUGCACGCUGCAGGGCAGGGGGACCAAUUAUGUGAGCUCUCAUGUUUUAAAAGAAGUUACUUUGUAAUGACUCCCACAAUUUGUCAGUCAGGGUCUAAACAGGAUACAAAACCACCCGGUAAUUUGACCAAAGGAAGUUGCAAAGAACGCAAAGGGUUGAUGCAAGGAAUUAAUAGCUAUCACAGAAGAUUGUCUUGCCGAGAGAUUGGCCAGUAAGGGACAACAGACAGAAGGAACAGCCGCUACAUCUCAGGCUGAGACAGAACAUUCAGAGAAGAGGUGCGGGGAGCCAGCCCUAGCUCAAAGAGCAGCAGACACGUCUAAGCGGAGGGCACUAGGGAAGGCUUUCCCUGGGAGAUGUCCACCAGCACUGCCCACCUCGUUCCUCGGGGAGCUGCAAACUGGGGGUGCUUGUUGACUGCCACACGCUGUAGGAGUCAGUACCAGAGAAAGAACCAGAUGCCCAGGAAGCUGCCUGCACUGCAAGAAUCCAGUGCAGGGCGCUGGGGAAGGGACCCAAACCCAAGGUGCCUGUGAGGCAGGAGCCCGCGACAUGGACCCACAACGCCUCACCACUGCCCUCUAUCGACAAAACUCAGCAUCGUACCUGGCGACGAGGGAACUGUCCAAAGGACCAGAACCGUUUUCACAAAUCAGGCAGUAAAGAUAGAGUUGAUGGUGAGAUGCGAAGAAUUCGUGACUCGCAAAGAGUUCUCGUGCUUCAGCGCAAUCUCUCCUCCCGGGGGAGUGAUGUCGUCUGUGAAGGAGUUCGCUCUGGCGCUUACCCGUGAGCUGGCUGCUUGGGACCCUCAUGGUCUCCCACCGCCUCCAGCUCAGGAAUGGUCCUCAGCAGAUGACAGCUUUCCAUUGAUAGCAUCCUAAUGAGUCUACCGAACUGUUCGCAUUCCUCGUAACAGGCAAACUGUCCCCCACCUCUACCACCUUCUGAAAUUUGUUCCCUGUUGGACCUGGAAUUCUACCACUCAGCUUUUUUCUCCCCGGCAGGUGACCCCAAGAGCCCAGGAGUUAGAGGAAGCAGGAUAGGCAGUAUGAUAGUUCUCCUGUCUUGCUUGCUUAGCUGGAGCCUCAGGAGUGGUCUUAUUGCUUCUGGUGCUUUUACACAUGAACAAUUAGAUAUCUUCACUUUGAAAGACACAGAUCAUGGUUUUUAAAAGCAUUUCAUUUUUACUAUAGAAAGUAAAAUUCAUAAAAAAUAUAUUUCAUUAUUGAAGUGGCUUUGCACAUGUAGGUGUUUGUCAAGUUUAGUGUUAGGUCCCUGAAGGUCUUAAUGUUAUUCAUUCAAUGAUCCCUCCCCCAGAUGCAGUCCCCAGAGACUUGAGAAAACGAUUCAUGACAACUUGCUCUGGAUGACAUUUCAGUGCCAGCAAACACUGGUUCCCUCAGCAGUUAUUCAUUCAUGCACUGAUUCAUUUAAUGCAUAAACGUGCACUAAGGGUCUAACUCUCUAUGGGUGGUUGUGGGGAGAGGGGUGGUUACAAAACAUGCAUGGCAGAGCCUCUCUCAUCCAGGCAACACUUCAAACCAGGAGGACCCAGGCUGAACAGCCACCAUCGGGCAGAGAUGUCUGACAAGUGUGUGGAAAAGCUCUGCAAGGUGAAUCUGAACAGAGAUGUUAAUUCUCUAAUUUGAGGGCCAACUGGUUAAAAAAAUACUUUCAGGCUCAUAAUAAUUCCUCUAAGAAGAUCUCGGUGGACCAUAAAGCUGGUUUCUUAAGGAAGGAGCUGUGUCACAUUUGUCCUGGUCACCACAGUCACUCGGUGCAUUUGACAGUUAUGGGCAAGUGAGUUUAGGGGUAACUGAGUCCCUGUGUGAAGCUGGAAAGUUGGAUGGGAAGAGUUGCUCUGUGCUGAUCCUAUCAUAAAACAACUGUGAAUUUGGAGAGGCCCCUUGUGUUUGGGGAUCUCUAAGAUCCCUGGGGUUCAGCAAUUCCCUAGGAGGACCUUGCAGAGCCCAGCAAACCUGUGUUCACAGCCAUCCUGGCAAGACAACACAGGCUCAGAUCAGCCCUGGAUGAAGAGGACAUGAGGUGCAAGCAUUCCCGGAACGUGUAAGUCAGGCGACCUGUCUGUAUUUUUCCCAGGGAGAAUGUGUGACACCACUCAGGGUUUACUGCCACUUGGGGAAGCCCUCUGAGCCUUGAGUCACCCUGUUGGGUUCAGGGAAAUAGGGAUUUGUCCUGGGUUUAGCUGUAAGAUAUUCCCCCAAAGUCUCAUGUGCUCAAAGGUGUAUCUUUUGGAAGGUGACUGGAUCUUGGGGUGCUAUGCCCACUGGGAACUGACCCACUGAUGAGCUCAAAGUUAAACAUGCUGUGAGGAGUUGGGGCGUGGCUGGGAGAAGUGAGUCACAGCAUCGUGUGCCCCUGGAGGGUCCCUGGUCCUCCUUGGUUCCUCCCUUCUCUUCUGCCAUGGGUGGAGCAUCUUCCCUCUGCCAUGCCCCUCCACCAUGCUGCUUCGGCCUUGGAGUGGCAAACCACACAGACUACAGUGCCCCAAACUACAAGCCUCAUAAACAUCUCCCCCUGUAAACUGUGUCGGGUGUCUUAUCCCACUGACAGCACUGCUGACAGCCCAUGGAGACCAAGGUGAUCACAUAUGUCGAGGCCCCCACCACAGAAUGUGCUGUUAGCAUAGUCUAUCUGAUGGCAGCUCCAUGUAUCCCCAGAUGAACACAGACACCCUCAUCACAAAGGGUACUCAGAGGGCUUAAGAGGGCCCACCCAGAACCCUGGCAAGGCCCACACCUGCCUUUGAAAUGUGCAGCGUGGACAGCCAUGAACUGGUCCUUUGUCAGAACCUGACUGUCUCCCUCUGCAGACUGGAGUGAUGUUCAUAUGGACCGAGAUAAUGCAUGGCUUUAAAAUGCUACAGGGAUUUAAAAUUUUAAUUAAGCAACACAGACGUUAGUGUGCUAUAAAACCAUUGUAAUUCAACAAAUAGUUUAAGAAACAGUAGAGUGGAAAGAAAAAACACGUUUUUGUAUUUUUAUUACAAUCAGGUAAUAGUUCUCUUUAUCUCUGUGCUCAGAUGGUAGCGACAAAUAGUGUUCUUUAAGCCACAGCCCACCCGCUCCUGGCCCUUCCACCCUGCCUAGAUCCCACCCAACUCUCCGGCAAAUGAGCCCCUCUCAGGAGGCUUUGGAAAUUAGUUCAGGCUAAUUGCUGCUAGAUAGGACGGGUUGAGCAGCUGUUUCAAAUAGGAAGGAAAGGGAGAUGGGCUUGUACUGCAGCCAGAAGAAUUCCGGUUCAAUGUAAGGACAAUUUGCUAGCUAAGAAGACUCAUGGGAAACUAAAACAGUGAUCAGGGUUUACAGAGGCUCCUUGUCUAAAAUAUAAAUAAAUAAAAGCAUACUUAGUUUUCUGGAAAGCUUAAGUUUAGAUAUGAUGUUAUCAGGAUGCUAUGCACAUGGUAACAGCUCUCAGUUGGGAGACUAUGUCCGGAAGCAACACAAGAACCCAGGCUUCGAAGGCGGGCUAGAAUUCUUAGCAGACAAAAGUAUAUUUAAGACACUUCCCAUUACAGUUGAGUUUCAGCUGGAAACUGAUUAACUUUGGAGUACUGGAUGGGAUUAUUUGGGAUGAGAAAUGCAAGAACCCAGAAUUCUGUCUUGAGCUAGUAUUUUAGCUCUCCCUAAGAGUAGGCUUCUGCUCAAAGGAAAUCAAAAUAAAUUUGAAAGUUGUGAUUGGCAUGCUUUCCGAGAAUGGGAUUUUCUACUCCACGAGCAAAACAGUUAUACUGAAUGGAGCAGGGGAAGUUGGCUGAACACAGCAAUGUGGGACACCUUUCCUACCCAUCCUGAGGGCCAGGGCCAAGCGCCUGUAAGGGAAGGCAGGUUAACAAGAGAAAGACAGCACAGAUCGGACACUUUCGGUGUCCUGGGAGCCUUCAGAAGUGAAGGCCCAGGAAAGCUGCCUGCUUCCAUGAAGAGCGGAGAGCAGUGUGGAGCUCUGGUGGACCUAGAGGGCUUGGAAUGAUGGUCCUAGUCAGAAAGAAAGAAGUCAGCAAGGCCCAUCUGUCUGGAAUCUUCCUGGCCUCCCUCAGGUACUAGACUGAAAGGGAGGGAAAGUUGGAGUAAUAUUUCCACACCGAUGAUUGGCUUUUGGGGAAAGGACUUCUAGUUUUAUAAACAACCUUAAAGGACAAAAUGGACUAGGAGAAAGAAAGGCAGGAGUGGGCCAGGGAUUUAGCCCAGCAGUUAAACACCUACCUGCCUGGCAAGAGCAGGGUCAUAGAUUCAAGCCCCAGUACCAGGAAAAAACACUUUGCAAAAGAAAGGCAGGAGAAGAUGUGGAAGGUCUUGCUUCUUAGCCUCCUCCUUUCAAAAGGUUCAGCUGCCAGGGCACCAUGCUGUGAGGUGUUUGGGCCCUAACAACACUAAGUCCUGUGCCAAAUGCUCCUAUGAUUGGUGAUUUCUCUAGUGUGUACAGGACAGGACAAGGUCGUGGGGAGCGACAAGAGGAAACCAUGACUCCUGAAGGAGACAGGGGCAAUGUUUUGUUUAAAAUCAACAGGAUUGAAGCAGGAUGGGAAGUUCAUAGUGUGCACAACUUUAGAAAACUCCCACUCAUUUAAGAUCACGUUUGUUAUCAAUUAAGACAGAGGGUGAAUGACAGAGUCUCUCCAAGGCAGAAAUCGUUUGGGUCUAGGCACAAUUAGCAUUAAACUUACUCAAUAAUAAGGUCCAAGAACACAGAUCACUAUCAUGCAUGGAGGAAAUCAUAAUAAAUGUAUUCUUACUGUAAAUUCUGAAGCUGAGUUGGGGAAGUCGAGACCCCACCUAAGCAGUCACUGGAAAUAAAUUUAGUAGUUUGGGGAAUAGAAGAACUUCCCAGGGUUCCCUUGUCUGUGUGCUCUCUGAGCCCAGCUAACAGUAGCACCAGCCCGGGACCUGGCAGUUAUCAGCAAUGCCCAGAGUUCUAGGUCACAACUACGGAACCUACGUCUGUAUUUCUGCAAGAGCCUUUGUUGGUUCUCACUUCCAUUCAAGUUUAGGAAGUUCUGCUUUUGUGUUUACCUGUGAUUGUGCAUGGGACUUUUUGUGUAACUGGAAAGAUGAGUGAUUUGCACAAGGAUUGUAUGUACCACAAAGUGUAACACAGUGAUUAUCCAAACCUUCACCGAAAGAAGUUUGCCGAUGCUCAUGGGUCUAGAAUUUGCUUCAUACUGGAGCAGAAUGGGAAAGAAAUUGCCCUGUGCUCUCAGCAUGCAGGCUUUAGGAUACAGGCUUUUCAUCUCUUCCACAGUGGAACCACUACUGUCUCUCUUCUUUUAAGAAGAUAUCAUGAUGAAUGGAAAAAAGGAGGGUAAAAAUAGUUUGAGAAUCUUUGCAUUAUUAGCUUUGUAAAAUCAUCUUUUUGGGUCACCCUAUGCUCUAGAGUAGAUGGUAUAAUACUGAAUAGACAACAGCGCCUGCUUUUUAAAGAGCCCCAAGUCCUGCAGGAGAGAGGUCAUUCACAGUCUCUUUCCCUUCUCCACACCCUGAGGUAAAAUAAGAGCUCUAAGAACUGCAGAGGUCAGAGGAUGGGGUUUUAUAUUGUCCCCUUUUGGUCAUUUAUAGGGAAAUAGAUGCACCAUGAGAUCACAGUGUUAAGUGAAAUAAAUCAGACACACAAACUUGAAUAUCACAUGAUUUGUUUUAUACAAGAAAACCAAAGUAUAGAUAAUUUAAAAAGCAAAAUCAAAAAUAGAUAAGAAACAGGGAAGUAGAACUUUUGCAAAUGCGGAGGGAGCCUAGAGAUGGAGGAAAAGCAGCUGGAAGGGGGAAAAUAAAGAGAAUGGGAACACGUUGUGCCAGGUACCAGCUCCCCACGAGGAGUGGAAUCCUGGUGCACUGUGAGCGUACGCUAAUAAACAUGCAAAAAUAAAUUUAAAACCUAAUUUUCUGACCUGACCGCCAUGUUCUUAGCAGGAGUAAGAGUCCUACAAAGGUAUUUUCUCAUGUUCUUUGAGUAUUGCUCUUUAAUACUUACUGGGCACCCCCAAAAAGAACCAGUCAGUGAUUGUUGGAUGGGAUGGAAGGGCUGGUCUGGCCCCGUGUUUGUUGCAUAUGUGGUCUAUGCGAUUGACUCUAAAGAAAUCCUUGUCCUACAGUCCUUUUGUUAAAAAAUAGCAAAAACUUCAAAGGCCUAGUCUACCAAAGUCAAGAGAUCCAAAAUGUCACUCCAGGUGCAUGUUGAGGAAUGUGGCUUUCAGAGAGAAAGUGGCUUAUAGAACAGGAUGACCAUCUCCAGGGUGGCCACGGACUUCACAGCUCUCCCCACCCACCCUUGUCCUGCUGUUCUCUGGAGACCGUGUCAGAUCUCGCAGCUCAUCAGCAUUUAUGAAUAUGGAUUGUUUGUUACAAAAAGCUUAUUCUAAACAAUGCUGACAUUAACUCAAGCUCAUGACUUGUUCCAGAUACUCCAUGCCCAGGGCAGCCAGAUGGUAACAAAUCUUAAAGUUGGAGGGGGGGAAAAAAACACAGUGAUGGACUUUGAUUUCCCUGUAUCCCUUGGCUGGAGAGGCAGCAGCAAGCUUUGCAGAAGUUCUCUGUGAAGGAAGGGUAGGAACCUGGAAAACAAAACAUGACAGCCACACCUGCUGAUUGCAGCAAGAGCGAGAGGCCCAGGAUGCCCAGUAUCUGACAUCCACACCAAUAAAAGUUGCAUCUCCAUAUUUUACUAAAAGUCUGUUUGUUGCAAGCACUUGGAGAAUGGGAACUGAACAGAUACGCCUCCUGUUUGUGGAAAGUUUAAGAAAGCUCAUUUAUUUAUUACACUCAGUAAACCUUGACUGAGUUGUCUUUAUGCCAAGCGUGGUUGCAAGCAUGGCAUUCAGUGAAUGCAGAUCCCCAGUUUCCCAGAGCUUGAAAGAGACACAAAGAAUAAGUAAUGUGUGGGCGUGGCUGUGAGUGUAUGCAUAAUAGCCUCCAAAAACACGGCUCAAAGAGCAGGACUUCCACCCUCAGUGCAUACAGAGGGUGCAGGUCAGUGCUCAGGGGUAAGGAGAGGUGCUGGGGCAGCCUUGGAAUCUGACAAAGAGGGUCCAAGAAGGCCCCGAGGGAUGCAGAUACCUAGAUUCUACCAUCUCGACCUUGGCUGGUGCAAAAGCAGGCUGCACCAGCGUAUGUAGCCCACAAAUAUGACUGGGACAUCAGAUCACUUCCCACUGGAGGGCAGAUGUCAGGCCUUGGCACUCAGGCUGGUACCAUUCAGGGUGUCAGCCAAGGCAUGACUAUUCAUAUCCGGCCAGGACCAUUUCAGUGUUGUCAGAGAGGAAGUGGGAUUGGAGAAGCUCCCAGAAGGAGGCUGAUGUAUUCUGGUCACCCGCAGCAUUUCUUAUGAUAAUUUCUCAGGACAAGCUCAGUGCCCUUUCUGUGGUGGUACUUUGGCUGAAGAUUUUCAAAACACAGACAAGCCCAUAUGCCUUUGUUAUGUUUUAGUUCUAGAAUGUUCCCUAAAUGUCUCAUGCAUGUGGAAGAUGAUUGAAUUAUAGGGGCACUGUAUUAACCUAUGGAUUCACCCAUAGGUGAGUUCACAGCUGACCGUGCUCCUAGGAUCUGGGGCCUGCUUGGAGGUGUCACUGGGAGUGUGAAUGUGGAGACUGUACUCUUGUCCCUGGCUCCUCCUUUUUCUACUUCCUGGCUACCAUAGAUUGAGCAUCUUUUCCUCCACAGGGCUCUGCCGCCAUCUGGUCUCAGUCAUCCUGUUUCAGCCAAUCAGGGACUGAAACUGUGAGCCAAAAUGAGUCUCUCUCCCUUUAAGCUGUGGGUUUAGGUAAUUUUUCCCAGUCACUGCAAAGUGACUAAUACAAAAGCCUGGCCCUCUAGUCCAGUCCCCUACUCCCCUUGCCCCUCUGGCUCCCUUCACCAAACCUUAACCCAGAGCUGGGAGAGGGGGCUAUGCAGCAGCUCACCUAGGUUCUGGUAGAGAAGGACAAAGUUAUGGCCCAGUGCCAAAGCUACUAAUCCAGAGGAGAAUCAGUAAGACCAGUAGCCUUUUAUUCUGGGUGUUCUUGGCUCUCAUUGUACAAACCCAGAAGAGGCCAAAGAUUUCCCCACUUUAUACAAAAUGUCAAUCUGCAUGACUGGCUAGUACCAGCCAAGUGUUACUCCCUGUUCCUGUUGCUUUGAGACGCACACAGUUAUAGCUGGGUCUCCACAAGUCACGCAGUGAGCUCACUUCUGUUAGUAGCCUCUGCUUAAUUAAGAGUCAGGGUCUGUGUCAUGCAGUCACCCCCAGUCUCCACUACUAAGGGACAUAGUUCUUGUGCUUUAGGAAAAAUAAAAGACCUGGGACCUAUUGACUCCAAAAAUCCAGGGGUGCAGGGACAUGUGAAGGCUGGAAUCCUGCCUGAACUGUUCGUUUAAACCUGAGGCGGGCUGAUCACACAGGCAGUGCGGGUGUUCCUCCUUCCCAGGUAGGAGCCCUGAUAUGUUGGGCCACAUGCCUGUUAGAUGACUGCUACUCAAAUAGAUUAAUAGCAGGCAUCAAAUUGUACCCGUUAGAGAGUUUUUACUCAUUUAGAAAGUACUGGGGGCAGAGUGCUACAGAUAAGAAGCAGGCUCCUAUAUAUCGUUGACACUUAGAGCUACUUCGGAGGGUGGCCCCGGCAGGCCAAGUGUGGGAAGUGAAAGAAGUCUGGGGAAGGACCAGUCUCUGACCCUCUCCACCACAUCUCUUGUGCCUUUGAGCCUCUUUCUCUCCCAAAGCUCAGGGAGCAUCUGCCUCUGAAGCUUCCCCUACCUGACUGAGAGCUGUUCCUCUAACGGGAAUGCAAUUGUCCUGGUCCUCUCCCUGGCAUCUCACUGAUUGGAAAAGACUGGCUCUCAGGAAUGGAGGCCACAUAUCCAGUUCCUUUACCUUGCCUAGGAAGACUUGAUCACAAGCAAAUGUCUGCUCUUCCAAGAGGACUGUCUCCCAAAAGAUGUAAUUUACAUAGCAACAGCCUUCUGUCACCUGCAUUUCUUCUGCUCCACCUCCCACAGCCUAUUGCAUCCUUUAUGGGAGUCCUGGUUCUUUGUCUGCUCUGAAGACUCUAAAUUUCUACCUCUGAUGCAUUUUGUGUGCAUAUGCGCAGAAGUAGAUUUGGGUUCUUUUCUUCUGUUAAUGUCUGCCUUUUUUUUUAAGAGUUUCAAUUGUCAAACCUCCACAGGGCGAAGGUAAUUUCCUUUCACUCCCACAUCUCCUUUAACUUUCUAACUCAAGGUUAAGCUCAAAGUCCGAACCCCUAUUUCAAUAGUAGCUUUGGCUUCAGCUGGUUUCCAAAUCCUUUCCAUGCACAGUGUAUGGCUGUUAUACAUAAGUCCUGUGCUGACUGAAAACUACUUGUGACUCCAAAGUGAACACUCCUGGCACCUUUGCCUCCUUUCCACAUUUUUAUGGGGUGGUGAGACAGAAAAUGUCUGCCUUCUCCCCAAUUCUAAGCCAAUGCACCUGGAGGACAGAGGUGGAGGAUGUGGACCAGUUUACAAGAUGCUCCAUAGAACAGAGCUGGAGUCCUCUGGGCACUUCAGACUCAAGACAGCCACUGGAACCCCAUUUUCUUUUUGUUGUUGUUAAAUAAUGAAAAACAAAAAUCUAUCCAAUGUGUUAUUUUCAGAAUUUGAGAACUUUAAAAGAAACUGAGGCACAGGGAGUUUGGUGAGGCCGAUCACAAAUACAACUCAAGAGACAGAAUUUUCUAAACAUGGAAAUGUGCUCCAGGAUCUUACAGAUUUAUUUCAGGCAAGAUUUCCCUACAGAGGGAAGAGAGAUGUCAUGAGCAGUUUGUAAGAGUUCAGGCUGAUGCAGGCAUGAAGCGUCCACCCAUAAGAAAGGGCUCAGGCAGCUUAAAGAAGGAUGAAAAGCAAUUCUCCGAAAGAGUUGGGUACAGAAUAGGAACAAAGUAGGGCAGGGAGGGGCUUGGGGAAGAUGACACUGGUGGCAACUCUGAUGAAAAUCACAGCUCCCCUCAGCUUUUGUGCUGGUGAGGUUUCACUACGUGCUGGGAAGGGGAUGUCCACUUUGGCUGAAAGUCAAAUGUAGAAGAGAGGUUAAUAUAUUUGAAGCAUCCUCCCUUGUGUUCUCUUAGCCGAGUAUUUUGAAGUUUUCACUCUGGUUUUUUCUGUUGGGUUUUGAUUUUCCUACACUAUCUACAGAAUUUCUCCUAGGAACAAUGAAUCAGUAUUUAUUAACUUAGUGUUCCUGGGGACUUUAUAGAUUUUAUGAGAAUAAAUCAUGUCUUUCCCAUUGGUGAAUGAACAUUUUUUAAUUUGAAAGAUUUUUUAAAUUGCAUAUAAAGAACGCAUAUGAGUAUGAAAAUAAUUAUUAAAGUUUGUCAGAAAAAUGACAUAAUUUAGAAUUCUGCAAAAAUGUUUGAACAGAUACAUUCCCAAAGAAGAUGUAACGAUGGCAAAUCAACACAUGCAAAGAUGCCCAAUGUAACUUGUCAUUAGAUAAAUGCAAACUUACGCCAUGGUGACACUACUGCAUACCUAUUAUGUUAUUAAAGUGACGGAAAUGGACAGAGCCAAGCAAACUCACUGCUGGUACAGUACAGUUUCAGCCGCCUCGGUGACAACCUAUCUCCUGACAUAGUUAAACGUUUUCUUACUAUAUAAGCAACAGUCCUAUGCCUAGGUGCCCAAAUGAACUGAAAACUAAUGUUUCCACAAAAGUGUGGUUUGGUCCUAACUACUAAAAACUAAAAGCAACCAAGCAUCUCAACAGAUGGAUAGAUGGUGUGUCCAUACAAUGGGACACUGCUUAGCAAACAAAACACACAGAGGCAAACACAAAGCAAUGAACCUAUCAAUAGAUGCAUGAAAUUACAGAGGAAAGCUUGAAGUGUGCUAUGCUAAGUGAAGAUCCUACACGGGGAGAAGGAAACACCUCACUGCAUGCAUUGAGACACUUUACUAAGGCGAGGUUUCCUGUGGUCACCUUAAACUCGAAAAACACACCCUCCCUAGUUAGCUUUCCCCUUCUCAACCUAUAUCUUGCUAAUGGUCUUCUACUUCAUAUUGUAGUCCUCUUGGCCAACCUGCCACUCUGUUUCUCAGGGGACGUAGGGUUCAGCUGUGACCAGACAUUGCAUAGGUGGUGUAAUUAUUUCUCUAAGGCAUCUUCUAAAUUGCUUCUCUAAAAAUAAAUGCUUUGCCUUUUCCCUAUGAUGAAAUCAUGCUCAGAGCAUCCCCACAACUCUUCUCUGAAAUCUCCCUCUCAGAUCCUCAUCUGAUAGAGAAAACCUGGCCCUUUUAUAUUCUCAAUGUGAGUAAGAGCCAUAGAAGGCACAAGGUGGGUUCUUAGUCCCUUACUAUGUAACACUUUUGUCUUGGUCUGACACCCAUGUAAGUCAGCUACCACCUCCACUCAAUUGUCCUGGUACCCAGAAAUGCUUGAGAGCUUAUGCGUUUUAAAUUUCACUUGGAUGCCUUUGGUUUGUCAUCCACAUUUUGCUUAUACACCAGAUACAGUCAUGAGUGUACUUCUCUCCCAGACUGUGAGAUACCUUUGAUCCUAGUGGCAGCUGCUGGUGUUUCCUAUUUUAAGUUAUAGGCAUAAAUGUUCAGACAGUCGUAUGGCAAAGUAUCUCCAUGGUGACAGCGCAAAACAGUGUGAUAGAAAAUCUGCAAAGAAUGACAUGAGGGUGUCCACGGUCAAAUUUUGGCUUUUACAGUGUUUGGCACAUACGCCAUAAUAGCACAGGCACUUACACCAGUCCUCUUCCGUGUUGAGUAGGGCUAAGCCCUCGAGGGAUAAGGACACUUAGAUGCCUAUUGGGGAGCGUGUGCAGUGGAGGCCAAUGCACAGCUCACUUGAGAGGAAAAUCAAAUUUCCUUCCAGUCCUUGAGCAGUGAGAGGUGGCACCCUAACCCUCUCACCCUUUCCAAUGAUGUGCGGAGUAAAUCUAAGCAAUGUCUUACAGAGAACACGAGGCUAGGCUGUCAAAAACACAUAGGUCAAUGUUUUCCCGGAUGUUUCUUCAAUCAUUUUAUUUUCUACACAUUUUGUUAUUAUGAUGGCUGUUACAGGGCCUUUUGCUCCAUGCAGAGAAUGGGAGGUUGUCAGCCAUGUAGUGGGGCAGGCUUUUCGUGUAAUAGAAAAGAGUUUGCUAGAGUUGUAUACAUACAGCAUUAUAUCCAUUUAUGAUUACAGUAAGUAGCAGAAGGAGGUCGUGUGUCCAAAAGGCGAAUCUCCAGCCACUUCUUCCCAUUUAUCCCAAGUGAGAGCUUCUCCCUCAGGGACUGUAUUAGGGGGUUUUGUGACUCCUGGAGAGACUAUCUAGAUGAGACAAUGUAGCCCUGAGCUUCCUCUAUUACCAUUCUUGGUGAAUUGAGUUGGAUUAUGUCAUUUCCUCUGCUACCCUGUAAUGCAGCCUUAAGAAUAAUGACCCUAUGAUGUAGCUGCACUGAAAAUGGCUUUUCCAGUGCCAGAAAAAGAUGAUUCAUAUUUGGCUUAUGAGCCAUUUCUGGAAACUGCCGGAACAAAGGACAGAGGUAAUUCACUAGGGAGCUCCAUCAUCCUCCAGGUCAAUUUGAAAUGAGGGUACGUCGCUGAGUACAAACAGUUAACUGACACAUUUGUGCAAAUACAUAUGUGCAUGCCAUAUCCAUAUCUGCUUGUAUGACAAUGUCCUUCAGAGAGAUGUCUUGGUACAUGCAUACUUAGUGUUGUGUAUUUUAAAGGCACGUUGGAUGUUAGAUAUUUCUCCUUCUUUAGUUUUAAUUAUGUGGUCAGAAACAGGUUGAUCUGCUAUUAUUAUGUCAUCAAUCUGAAACAAGGAGGUCAAAAUUGAAAUUGGAACUCUGCCAUCCCGUGUUCUUUUGUUCCUAUUAAAUGACACUAAACAAGACAUGUACAGUAGUUGUCUUAGUUAUUUUUGUUAUUGAUGGAGCAAAAUAUCUGACACUCAGAAUUAAAGGAGGACAGGGAUACUUCGUUCACGGGUUAGAGAAGUUUUGAUCCAGAGUCAGCUGUUUCCAAGACAGCGUGGCAUAGCAGAGGGACAUCCCAUAGGAGAAACAGUCCAUGGCAGGGUGGUCAGAAGGCAGCAGCAGCAGCCGCAGCAACAGCAGCAGCAGCAGCAGCAAGCCUGCUUUCUCUCUGUGUCUAUCUAUAUUCCAUCCAGGCUACCAGCUUAUUGAUUGAUGCCAACCACAUCCAGGGUGGGGCUUCCAUUAUCUGCAUCUGUAACUAUGCUAAUUCUAAUCAGUGGAUUAGUUCAGUAACACACACUCUGAAUCUCAGUCUCACACACAUAAUCUACAUUCUCACACUCUCUAGACCCAGCCACCUCUGAAAAGCCUCACCAAUGAGCACGUGAGACUUUGGGGGACAUCCAGACACAAGCCAUGCCACCGGUCUUGUCUGCUACAGCCUUCCACCAAGUUCAGGAGGCAUCUGGCCCUUGAGUCGUGACUACCUUGGGUACAGGCACUCUGCCAUCCCUUGGGAGGCUGUGUCCUGGCACCCUCCUAGGGAAUCAUCUACACCCCACCCCUGCCUAAGACUCCUUGGUGUUGCCUCCCAGUUACCAUAUUCCUCCUGGCUGCGUGUCAAGCUGCACAUUUAUUUUUCUUAAUCUUUUCUCAAAAAUCAAUCCUGCGAGUCCCUUAAUCAUUUUUAUUGAUCUCCCUUGAAUUUUCUCUAUGUGAUGGUGCCUUCUUGUCCGAGUGUAGCAGCGUGUUUCUUACUCCGUGGGGCUGGGUUCCACAUAGGAGCUAGUAUGGGGGACAGGUGGCUUGUCUCAGAAAACAUGCACUGCUCAUUUAGUUUCUAAGACUCAAAAAUACAUUCUAACAGAAACUAACAACUUGGUUUUCACUCAUUUUGCAGGACAUUUUUGUUCUCAGUCCAGGUAUGAACAGGGCCUCCACUUACUAAGCGUCUGGUGAUCUUCCCCAUCACUUCCUUGAACUUCUCAGGGCCACAUCUCUGACUUUCCAUCUGUACUCCACCUCUCUUCUUGAUAAGCUGUACUGUAUGUCAGAGAACAGUUCCAAGACUCCAUGAAAAGACAAAAAACACAUAUUUUUUUUUAAAAUUUUUUUUUAAAUUUUAUUUAAGGAGAAAAGAAAAAAAAGCAGAGAAAGGGUACAAGUUAUACAGAUUUGCAGAAAAAAAAAUGAACAGUAGGAAAUUACUAGUUAAUGGAUUACAUAUUGUCAUCUUAGAAAUAAUUGUUCAAGUCACAAAAUUAAAGCUUGUAAAGUGGACAUUCCAUCAAUGAUACUGCAAACAGUUCUGUUCAAUGAUCCAAUAAAACUCUGUGAUAUCAUUUUCUAUCUUAUACACUUAAAUAUACAUGCAGUUAUAUAGUACAGAGCA